AGUUUGAGAUUACCGAGAACUGUAGCUAUAUUUCAUUAAAAUUUAAUCAGUUAGCUGGAGAUUGUUUUUUUUUUCUUUUUUCCCCUUUAUUUGUAAUCCGCGCGGCGCAUGCAGUCUGCGACUCUCGCCGCUCUGUGUCUGACGUCGUCUGCACGCCACAAAAAAGUGACGUCUGAAUUCGAAUACAAACAGAGACACACAGUCUGUCUCUGAUAAGUAAUAAUUUAUCAUUUAUGUAUGCAAGCCCAUGCAUGACACAUGUAUUUGCUGAAUGCUGUACGUGUAGGAACAUUCGUUUACUUAUGAAAAAAUUGUAUCGAAAAAACGCCACACCACGCUCAAUAAAAUGGCUACAGGAAGUUCAAAUGAAGAUGAUUAUUUAUCAACUUGUGGCAUAUGCUUCAUCAAGUAUGAUCUUGUCAUGAAUCGGCCCAAAGUACUGCCUUGCUCUCAUACAUUCUGUUUCACCUGCAUUCAAGUUAUGAUUGGUUCUGGGAAUCCAUUGAAAUGUCCUAUGUGUCGAAAAACAGCAGUUGGAAUUGAUAAAGUAGAAUCCCUACCCAACAAUGUCCAUGCUGAACACAAUAUUCUUUUGAAUAAGAAGUUAGAGAAAGCUGAAGCAGAGGCCAAAUUAUCCUCAAAGUUACUGGAUGCAUAUUUCAAAUCCAACAAGUCUGAAUGCCAAGUGUUUGUCGUAACAGAUGAUCAUGAGCCAAAGGUUUUGUCUUUCAACGCCAGUAAAGAAGUUGUCAACCAUUUUCAUCAAGCUUCUAUGAAGAUUCCGGAUACGGAAAAACCAGCUAAAUUGCGAAUUAUUUCUUGGGAACGUUUCCUUGCCAAUAAUGAUGCUUCCAACUUUCAUCUGUUGAUGGCAUCACUUGUUAAUAUCUUGAAAACACAAAAUCCUGAUGUUGUGUUUCUCUACCAUGUGAAGCCGGCCACUCUCGAUCGCCUUAAAAAGAGUCUUCCCAAUUUCAAAUUUAUUUCUGAAUUCAGCUAUCAAGAGAUGAGCGUAACGCUGUUGAACACUUCCGUGUUUUAUGAUUCCCACGAAGUCGUACAACUGCCCUUAGAGCAAACUGAUGGUGACCUUCCAUUAAACUAUAACUUUCUUAUAGUUGAAGCGCAUGUGGGAUCUCUGAAACUAAAAUUAAUCAACGCUGAGAUUGACAUGUACGCAAGUGACAUGUGGCGGGAGAAUUUUACGAAAUUGAUGUUGGACGAACUAGGAAAUGAAUCCGAUGCAACAGCGAACAUCAUUUUGAGAAUGGGGGGUUGCUGGGAUGAACAAAAUUGGCAUACCUACACGCGAGACGUUGGACUACCUCAUCGCACCGUUGAUGUUUGGGAAGCUUGCAAAAAACCAAGAAUGUGCAACUUCAUCUGGCCUUAUGACAGCAUGACUGAAACCGAUGUCUUAGAAUAUAAAAGUUUCAACGGUAAAAUGCCCUAUUGCGACGAACAUCGUCUUGCACGCGUAUACUUACGUCCUUCAAAUUCUGUUUUCGCCCAACCUAAAUUCUAUGGUGAAAUUGAAUUUUUAAACAUCAGAAGAGCCAUUUCCUCAGCGAUUUUAGUUGAUUUUUGUAUAUUUUAAGCACAUUCUGGUUACCGUGAUUUAUGAUGACUCUGAAAAUCUAGAACUUCGAAUUGUUUCAUGUUUGACCAAUUUCAGUUAAAAUAUACAACAUACGUACGUUGUAAA